AUGAAAUUUGGUUCUUUUCUUCUCAUGGCAGCGGCGUUAAACCUUGCCAAUGCCGCUAGAGAAGUGAUCCGUCCAAAGGCAGAUAAAGAGACAACAUCAGAAGAGUUAAAACCCUGGCUGCGUACCAUUUAUUCGACAAAGGCCGAAAUUGUGACACCAACAGUCAUAGCUGGUGUUACUUUUUCUGCAAAACCUGCUGCAACUCCUGAUCCAUUAGAGCCAUGGGUUUCUCUAAAUAAAGAUGGUUCGCCAAAAACUAUAAAGCCAGAGCUAAAGAAUGGUCGUACUAAGAACCCACAUCCUGAAUAUUCCACAUACUUCCAGACAGCCAGCGUCCGUACUUUCUCCUAUGAGGAACUGAAGGCGCACAACAUGGAUCCUAACGAUGUAUACGAAGAAGAAGUGUUCAUUGAUGAAGACAAGACGUACGUUUCACUGAACCCGAUCAUCAGAUGCACACCAGAACGUUAUUUCAUGAAAGGUUCAGCAAAUGAUAUCUCAAGUCAACCAUUUUGUACACCACGUGAAAACACCAGUUGGAAAGUUGGUAAAACCUAUUUUGUUUCAUGGUUCACAAGAUUUUUCGAAGAUGAGUUUUCUGGUGAAGUUGUAGAGAAUGUUCGUGUCCACUUAUCUUAUGUCAAAGAAAAGGCUUCAGAAAAGGGUUUCCACAAGAGGGAUAUCCCAGCCACCUUUUUCUCAUCUGAAUGGCUAAAGAACGUUGACGGUAUGUACGGCAUUGAGAUUGACGGGGAUUGGUUACAGGGCCAAUACGAACGUAAAAUUGUGGUAUCUGUACAACCAUCAAACAUUCCAGAUGAAGAAUUCAAUCCAUUAGAAAAUGGUGUCCUAUUAUAUAUGAUUCAAGGCUCAAAAGUUUCUAAAUAUUCAAAGGAAGAAUUGGCCUUACAGGAUGCUGGCAUCAGCAAUGACAAAUGGUAUUAUGUGGCUUUGAGUAUCCCUACCAUGGUGAUCUUCGCCCUAGUGUGCAUUUACUUCUUCUUACACUAUAACGGCAAAUAUAGAGAUUUUUCUGACGUUACCCAGGCUGCUUUAGGUAAGAGGCAUCGUGUUCUUGGUGAAGUUUCCAAAAUGAAGAAGUUCAGGAAAAUGAAGAACCAUAAGUAUUCUGAGCUACCAAGUUACAACGAGAAGUCUAGUAAACAGCACUAG